CUUGGUCAUAGGGGGAAAUCCCUACGUACGUGUAAGAAAACAUAUUAAAAAAAUUAACAAAUAUAUUUAUACUACAAACGGAAAUUCUCCAUUUCGAGGAAAAUGAAAGUUCAAAUGAGGAACCUCAAUUCCAGUUAAUUCAACUUUGCAUUUGAAAUAUUACAUGUUUCUUUUUGCUAAAGCAACAUUGUUUGCAUGCAUGUUUACCAUUUUCGUACUCUGAGAUAAUCAGGAUACAUUCUAUAAAUAGAACGGAUAAGUAACACGGAAGCAAAGGUAAGAGGGAUAAGAUAUUUAGAAGUUCAGAAUGUGUUUGAAAUGGAGAAAGGUCUCCAAGCAUCAUUAGAUAAGUUUGUGCUGCUUUCCAAGGAAGAGGCAGAUUCAUUGAAAAGCAGAGCCAAGGGGGCACAUAAUCUUAACCUCCAUCUGCAGGAAAAUGACAUUGAACUUCGCAAGGAAAGAAAAAGAUCAAAAGAGUUAGAAAAACUCCUUCUAGAGGCUCACAAACGUAUUGGAGAGUUGACUCUAGAAUGGAAAGAUGGACUUAGUGAAGAAACGACUGAUGAAAGUGAGAGCAGUGGACCUGUGUCAUCUUUCUCACAGUUUUCAUCUACCAAUCCACAGGUAUCUUCUGUUGAAUCAAGCCUUCAGAUAGACGGUGGACCUCUGUCUUAUAGAAGUUACUCGAAGGGCAAGUCGUUUCCAAGAGAGCAAGUCAUGCCCCAGGGGAAGUCACACCAGGUCACAUACCCAGAGCCUCGUGUUUUCAAAUUUGGAAAUGACAUAAAUGUAUCUUCAAGCUUAAAAGGAACUUCUGAUUCUGUGAUGAAGAAAAAUCAGAUGGAGGAGUCAAAACUUGACUGUGACACUAAAAGCUCGUUAAAAGAGACAUUAGAGGGAGUUUCAGUUCAGUACUUCAACAAUUUAAAAAUGGAACUUAUAAAGACGAAGAGACAACUACAGCGUGUUCUCCAGCAGAACCAUACAGAUUUAAAUCAAGUUGAGAUACAAAGACAUUCUCAUCAAAAGGUGGAAGCUUUAGAACAGCAGUUAAAAGAUGUGUCAAAAGAAAAAGAUGUGUUUAAGGAAAAGGUGCAAAGUCUCUACAAGGAUGUUACCUUAUACAAGACACAACUGCAUCAGAACAUCGAAGGAACAACUGUGAACAGCCAGACGAGCGAUUCCUUAUCAUCAGUCUGCCUGUAUGAUUCCAGGUCUACCAAGGAUAUGGUGUCCAGGAUGUCUGAUAGCUCUUGCCAAACAAGUCCAUUUCUGAGACCGUUGGUGUCCCCAAAAUGGAGCAGUGACAAUAACUCCAAUACAGAGGAAAAUAUGAAUGAAAAAAGGACGACAGGUGAGAGAUUGUCACCUGAUCCUCAUCAAGUUAUGAAAGAUACACAGAAUCGCAUACAAAGGCUGACCAAACAGCUUGAGGAUCAGCAUCUCCUUAAUGAACGACUCAUCAAAGAGAAUAAGGAUAUCAAGAAAUCCUACCAGCAGCUUCUAAAGAGUGUGCAGGAUACGGAAAGGCAUCACGAACAGGCAGAUCUGAAAACAAAGAAGAUGCAACUCGAGGAUGAAAACUUCAAACUCAAGAAAAUGAUCUCUGAAUACGAAGAAGACAACAACCAUCUUCUGUCCACGAUUGAGGUGAUCCAGAACAACUUGUGUAAGGAGCGGGACAGGGCCAUGCAGCUUGAGGCUACUCUCCGUGAGGAACAGCGUUGUCAUGGGCUCACCAAACACAACCUUUAUGUCAUGUAUGGCAACCUCAAAACUAAGUUUGACCGACUUGCCCACCAGAAAAACCUACUUGAGCAGAGAUUGGCAAAUUCAUCAACAGGAGGGCCGCGCAAUGUUACCAUGACAACAGGAGGAACCCCUGAUAGACAUAUUACACCGCAAUCUUCCUUUGAAACAGAUCCUAAUCCACCUGCUGAAGAAAUCCACAUUUAUGAAAAUGUAGCAAGGAAGGUUGAACCAUUGAAAAACCAAUCAACUGACUCUAGAUUACAUCAGUUUAAUGUUUGUGCAGGUGACCCGGAUCAUGUGGUGUCAGUCCGGGAGCCUGUGGAAUCAACACAUCCAUACGAUGAUGACCUGCCACAGAUCAGAUCCACCACUCCACGAAGUGAUUCUCCUGUGAAUGUCCCUUCACAGUAUCUCUGUAAACGUUGUCUGAAUGAAUUUGAUGUGGAAAUGGAUUUUCUUUGCCAUAUUGAAAAAUGUUUAAUUGAUUGACACUCGUAUCUUAUUAAAAAUGAGCUUUCUUUUGAUUACUCUUGAAUUGUCAUAUGAGCAG